AUGAGGAUGGCAAGUGUGCGCUGCAAGCUGGCAUCUUACUUGGAGGAGUUAGAAGACAUAGACUUGAAGAAAUUCAAAAUGCACUUGGAAGACUAUCCUCCCCAAAAGGGCUGCAUCUCACUCCCCCGGGGCCAGACCACAAAGGCAGACCACCUGGAUCUGACAACCCUGAUGAUUGACUUCAAUGGGGAGAAGAGGGCAUGGAGCAUGGCCAUAUGGAUUUUUGCUGCCAUCAACCGGAGAGACCUUUAUGAGAAAGCUAAGAUGGAAGAGCCAAAGUGGGAUAAUGCAUGUGAUUCUAAACCCACUGUGAUAUGCCGUGAAGAGAGCAUUGAAGAAGAGUGGAUGGGAUUACUCAGUUAUCUUUCCAGAAUCUCUUUUUGUAAAAAAAAGAAAGAUUACUGUAGGGCAUACCGAAAGCAUGUAAGGAGUCGAUUCCAGUAUAUUGAAGACAGAAAUGCACGUCUGGGUGAGAGUGUGAACCUGAACAAACGGUAUACCCGCCUGCGCCUCGUCAAGGAGCACCCCAGCCAGAAGGAGAGGGUGCAGGAGCUUCUCGCCAUUGGUCAAACUGCAGCCAAGACCAGGGACAGUGCCAUGAGUUCCAUCAAGAUAGAGCCCCUGUUUGACCCUGAUGAAGAAAACACAGAGCCUGUACACACGGUUGUGCUCCAGGGAGCAGCAGGCAUUGGGAAAACAAUACUGGCCAGGAAGAUUAUGUUGGACUGGGCAUCAGGCAAGCUUUAUAAAGACAGAUUUGACUAUUUAUUUUAUAUCUACUGCCGAGAGGUGAGCCUCAUGACAAAGAAGAGUCUGGGAGACCUGAUUAUUAGCUGUUGCCCUGACCCCAAACCUCCCCUAUCCAAGAUAGUGAGCAAGCCAUCCAAAAUCCUCUUCCUCAUGGAUGGCUUCGAUGAAUUGCAAGGAGACUUCGAUGAGCACAUGGGGGACUUCUGCACAGAUUGGCAGAAGGCCGAGAGAGGAGACAUUCUACUGAGUAGCCUCAUUCGAAAGAGGCUGCUUCCUGAGGCCUCCCUGCUUAUUACCACACGACCCGUCGCCCUAGAGAAGCUCCAACAUUUAUUGGACCAUUCUCGUCAUGUGGAGAUCCUGGGUUUCUCAGAGGCCAGGAGGAAGGAAUAUUUUUUCAAGUAUUUCUCCGAGGAGCACCAAGCCAAGGAAGCCUUUCGGUUAAUUCAGGAGAACGAGAUCCUCUUCACCAUGUGCUUCAUUCCCCUGGUUUGCUGGAUUGUGUGCACUGGGUUGAAGCAGCAAAUGGAGAGUGGCAAAUCCCUUGCUCAGACCUCUAAGACAACCACUGCUGUGUACGUCUUCUUUCUCUCAAGUUUGUUGCAACACAGAGGAGGAACUCAGGAACACCCUCUCUCUGCCAACCUCCGAGGACUCUGUUCUUUAGCUGCUGAUGGCAUCUGGAAUCAGAAAAUCCUCUUUGACGAGGACGACCUCAGGCUACAUGGCCUGCAGAGGGUGGAUGUGUCAGCUUUCCUGAGGAUGAACCUCUUCCAGAAAGAAGUGGACUGUGAGAAGCUCUAUAGCUUCAUUCACAUGACUUUUCAGGAGUUCUUUGCUGCAAUGUACUACCUGCUGGAAGAGGAGGAAGAGAGGGAAAUGAGGAACAUGUCACAGCACAUGCUUCCCAACCGUGAUGUGACAGUUCUUCUGGAAAAUUAUGGCAAAUUUGAAAAGGGAUAUUUGAUUUUUGUUGUUCGUUUCCUUUUUGGCCUGGUAAACCAGGAGAGAACCUCUUACCUAGAAAAGAAACUAAGUUGCAAAAUUUCACAGCAAAUCAGGCAAGAAUUGCUCAAAUGGAUAGAAGCUAAAGCCAAGGCCAAGAAGCUGCAGAUACAGCCCAGUCAGCUGGAAUUGUUCUAUUGCUUAUAUGAGAUGCAGGAGGAAGACUUUGUGCAAAGGGCCAUGAACCAUUUUCCUAAAAUUGAGAUCAACCUCUCCACCAGGAUGGACCAUGUAGUUUCCUCUUUUUGCAUUGGGAACUGUCAGCGUGUAGAAUCACUUUCCCUGGGACUUUUUCAUAACUUGACCAAGGAGGAAGAAGAAGAGGAGGAGGAAGGUCAACGCCAUCAUGUGGUCAGUUGUGUCUCACCAGGUUCACAUGAUGCCUGCUCUUACCAUCUUGUGAACUACUGCCUCACUUCUAGCUUUUGCAGGGGCCUCUUCUCAGCCCUGAGCACUAACCAGAGCCUUACUGAAUUGGACCUCAGUGACAAUACUGUAGGAGACCCAGGAAUGAGGGUACUGUGUGAAACACUCCAGCAUCCUGGCUGUAACAUUCAAAGACUAUGGCUAGGGCGGUGUGGACUGUCCCAUCACUGCUGCCUGGGCCUUUCUUCAGUCCUAAGCAGCAACCAGAAGCUAGUGGAAUUGGAUCUGAGUGACAAUGGCCUGGGAGACUCUGGGGUCAGACUUUUGUGUGUGGGACUGCGCCAUUUAUUCUGCAAUCUGCAGAAGCUGUGGCUUGUCAGCUGCUGCCUCACAUCAGACUGCUGUCCGGACCUUGCAUUAGUCCUGAGUACCAACCAGUCCCUGACCAGACUUUACAUGGGGGAAAACGCCCUGGGAGACUCAGGAGUGGGGAUUUUAUGUGAAGAAAUAAAGCACCCACAAUGUAACCUGCAGAAAUUGGGAUUGGUGAAUUCUGGCCUCACAUCAGCUUGUUGUCCGGCUCUGUCCUUGGCACUCAGCACCAACCAGAACCUCACACACCUUUACCUAAGGGACAAUGCUCUAGGAGACAAAGGGGUCAAGGUGCUCGGUGAGGGACUCAUGAACGCCAACUGUAAGCUUCAGAUGCUGGAAUUAGACAACUGCAAUCUCACCUCACACUGCUGUUGGGAUCUUUCUACAGUUUUGACUUCUAACCAGAGUCUGCGCAAGCUGAGUCUGGGCAACAAUGAUCUUAGUGACUUGGGUAUCAUGCUUCUCUGUGAAGUACUCAAACAGAACUGCCUCUUGAACAGUCUGCAGUUGAGUAAGACAUAUUUCAAUAAUGAGACAAAAUGUGCAUUGGAAACCCUCCAAGAAGAGAAGCCUGAGUUAUCCAUUGUCUUUGAGCCUUCUUGGUAGUGAUGGAAGCAGGGCAUCCAGACACCACGUUUUGUAGCACUCACGUGACGACUGCGAAUGAAUGUUCCUCCAUCCAAGGUCAAGACCACAGCUCUGUGACUUUUCCGGCCCAGAGUCAGACAGUGAAAGCUUACUGUUGUCAUUAUGUAGGGAAUCCGAGCAGCUUCUUUAUCUUUGGGUGGAAGACUGCAAUGAAUAAUAAAGAUCAUAUUGUUCUAACCAUAGGGCCUUUGUUAGAAGGUAGUUUGCCUUGAUGGACUUGUGUGAUUAGCUCAUGCAAUAAAGCAUUUUAUAUUUUUGCUGCCUUUUCACUCUCUUUAGUGCUCCUUUUCUUUCCAUCUUUUUCACUUGUUUAUUUUUAUUGCUGUUAUCCUUUCUGUCAUCUUUUUCUAACUGACCAUAGUAUAGAAUGAGAUAAUUAUUUAUUGUGUUAUAA